UUGUAUGCAAGUUGGCGGGUCAUUUUUGGUUAUGCUUACCCAAUUACCCCCUACACGUUAGGUGAGGACGAUCACUUACCAGGUCCAGCUCCAAGCACCUACCUCCGCGAUACUAGUCCCAUUCACAACACCCAGUUCGUGUCUUCGACAAACGGAAACAAUAAUAACUCUCCAGCCGCCAAACUAAGCCAAACCAUGGAUAAACUGACUGAAAUUCGAGCCCCAACUGCUGGUCACGCUGCUCACCUCUUGGACGUUGCCCUUGCAAACCGAGCUCAAAACGUGGCGAUCUCUCACACCCUUUUUACUCUGCAUGUUUAUCAAUAUAAAGUCGAGAGGAAUGGACUAGAAACUGAGGUUUCUGGCGGUAGAAGCCGUCUGCAACUGCUCUACCUGGGGUGUGGCCGCUAUGGUUCUAAGGAAAUUGGACAAGGUCAGGACCAAAAUUCCACCAUGAAGAGUCUGUCAUUAGCUAAUAUGGCGAAUGUUUUGUUGGGUUUGCUCACUGGACAGCGACAGCUUCCACACAGAGAGUCGGCGGUUACUCAACUCUUGCGUGAGGGAAUGACUGGUAACCAUGCCCAGCCAUGCAUCAUUGCACAUGCCUCAGGCCAGCAGCAACACUAUGCAGAGACCUUGCAGGUAGUACAGUUGGCCUCCAGACUGCACCGACUCCGCCGUCGCCGCGUCGGUAGCAGUGGAGGGAGUAGUGCGGGUGGGAGCAGUUGGACUACAACGGUUGGCGGUACAACGUCUGACUCUUCAACAUCGUCUCGAGGACUUCGUUCACGCCUGUCAGUGAGACCGCGCCUUGGCCGAUCCUCUUUUGGCACCUCUACUACCGACUACACAUCAAGUAGUGAACAGUCCUGUGCAGGUGACACGGUCAUUUACCUGGGUGGUGGAGCCAGUGAGACUGGGAGUUCGUUGGGCCCUCGAGGCCUUGCUGACGGUAGUGUUGUGCACUCCGUAGAUGAGUUGAAAAAAUAUGCUAGUUCGGGCGAGGAAGGAACUCUACAAAGGUCUCUCGCUGCCGGAAAGACUUGUCUUGGUCGUUCUGCAUCCCAUUCUGAAGGGAUAGGCACUUUGCGAUCAGGUGGUUUGAUAAAGCGAGUAACCCCGCGCACCAAUGCAACAGCGUGGCCGCGAGCAGCAGCUGUUCGCAAAGGCAAGGAGGUAGUCAAUUCAACUGAGGAAACUUGGGUGGAUGGCCCUAAAGCGAUGGUAACAAAAGGGCAACAGAGUGCAUCAUGUAAUACAUCAAAAGUUACAGGCUCCGAGACCACGCCUCCCCCUGCCCCACCUUACUUCGGUUUUACUCACCAUAUUGUCCCUCAAAACACUCUUCAACGUUUGGACAUGCCAAAAGUCUUCGUUGCAACGCAGGAGCCGACGGCAGCUGAGGUUGCACCUGCCGAGGUGACCAUUAAGGAACCGACUUAUGCCUCCAUCGACGAGAUGAAAAGUUGUACUAGUAAUGAUGGUAGUCUAGUUGAGAGCUGCUCUUCCUCCUCUUCCUCCUCUGAUGGAGGAGACGAUAUAAACGAAAAGAACGUAAUGAUUGGGUUCGGAGGGACUGGCGGGAGUGGUGCAGGGGAGGCUGGUGUCGGUGGUGGUGGGGGUGGGGGAAGUGUUGGAGGCAGGGGUUUUGGGGUGCUAUCAGACAUAAGCGAGCGUACAGAGGAGACGGAAGGGGGAACAUCGGCGCCAAGUAGUACCGCUGGAGGUGGACACGAAGAACACGAAAACCCUCUUCUUGAUCUAGCUAUCCAACAAAGCAGUCUUGUACAUGAAGACGGCAAGGAGAUUGUUGGUGGGUUGCACAAUGCUCCUUUCUGUGCGUCACAUUUAGAACUCGUUCCUCCUCUUGUCACCGAUCCUGUUGCACACGACGACACCGAAGCCACCGUUCAAGACGCCAACGCCGACAUCACCACCGCCAUCACGAGACAACCUGCUCCAAGUGUGCACGGGACACGUGCGCAUUAUCAUUUUUACAGAUCUCUUCAACGGCGCAACGAAUCCCAGCAGACAUCAUCAGUCUCCCCUGUGCCUGUAUUUAUUCAGAGAACAGUCUCGUUUCCGUGGAUGCCAACACAAAUGUCACAGUCUUCAACAGCCCAUCCCUCCCCAUGCCAGCCUCCACCGCCCACACAGCCCUUUUGGUCUCCGGUGUAUAGCCCACAACUUGCGCCAAUGCAAUACUACCCUUGGUCCCUCCCUACCUCUCCUUAUCUCCAAUCAUCUAUGCAGGCUUGGUCCACGCAGUUGCCAUUGCCAUCUUCUGCAGCCUCCGACUUUUCCCAAACGGCACUCCCACUGCAAUACACGUGUGUGGGUUUACAAAGGGAUUUGGUGGAGGAAGACACACCUGCUCGUACUUCCUCGUCGCCCGCUUCUGCACCCCCGCAGGAGACAAAAAAAUCCAAAAAUUUUACUCUCCCUUCUAUCCUUUGUACACUGCGGCGAUGGCACGCUCGCAGGAAGGAGAGGAGGAGCAAAAAAGGCUCUGCUACUGCAUCAAUCGAGAAGGGAGCGGCGGUAGAAGCAGAGGAAGGGGUUGGCGGAUCGACGUCGGCAAUGACAAUCCCACUGCGCACUACUUCCUCUCUACCUGGCGCCUACUCACGCACCAAUUUCCCUCGGGCUCCGAGCAGUGACCGAGGCAUCGGUCGCACACCACAGCAGUCCCAUUACUAUCCGUCCGUGACUCCGUCGCUUCAGAAUCCCAUACUUAGAGAGACAUCACGAAUGUGUGCCGGCGAUCCGUCGACAUUCAUGAAUCAAAUGCAUCAGAGCCUCUCUACAUACCGAACGUAA